AUGACGAAGCAACACGCCAAUUGGUCUCCAUACGAUAACAACGGAGGAUCAUGCGUUGCAAUUGCUGGAGCAGAUUACUGUGUUAUCGCUGCAGAUACCAGGAUGUCCACUGGUUACAACAUCCUUACUCGCGAUUACUCCAAAAUCUCCCAAUUAGCGGACAAGUCUGUGAUGGCUUCUUCUGGUUUUCAAGCUGAUGUGAAAGCCUUGCAGAAGGUUUUGUCUGCCAGGCAUUUGAUUUAUCAGCAUCAACACAACAAGCAAAUGAGCUGCCCUGCAAUGGCUCAGCUGCUUUCAAAUACACUUUAUUACAAACGCUUCUUUCCUUAUUAUGCAUUCAAUGUUUUGGGUGGCCUUGACAGUGAAGGAAAAGGAUGUGUCUUCACAUAUGAUGCUGUUGGUUCCUAUGAGAGGGUUGGAUAUAGUUCUCAGGGUUCUGGAUCCACACUUAUUAUGCCAUUUCUUGAUAACCAGCUGAAGUCUCCUAGUCCACUCCUGUUACCUGCCAAGGAUGCUGUUACUCCACUGUCUGAAGCAGAAGCAGUUGAUCUGGUCAAAACUGUUUUUGCAUCUGCAACUGAGAGAGAUAUUUACACCGGAGACAAGGUUGAAAUCGUCAUCCUAAAUGCCAGUGGUAUUCGUCGUGAAUACAUGGACCUAAGGAAAGACUAA